AGCUCUAUACUUGGGAAGGUCUGUAUGCAUCUGAAAUAACAGUGUUUGUGGAUUCUAGUACAUGCACUCUCAGGCAGGGCUGUUCAGGGCUGGAGAAUAUAAAUAACGUGAGAAAUGACAGAGGCAAGAAAAGCCACAUAACUGGUACAUUUGAAGUGGAUUGGUGCCACAGAGCUGAUGAGCAUGUUAGGGAAUUCAGAAGAUCUGCAGUUCAUCUCCACCCUCUCCCUCUCUCUGCUUUUGCCCCAGCAGGCUUAAAAGUCCUCUAACUCUUUUAAUUACCCUAUAAACCAGCCCAGUACAGCCUCUCGUUUCACUUAGACCUCCUCCAGUACUUAAGAUCCACGUCAGCAUCCCUCUCCUCUCCAGCCUCAGGACCAGUUUACUGCUGGAUUGAUCCACAAUCCAUUCCUCUUCUGGACAAGCAGUUCAUAAGUUGCCAGCAUGUCCAUCGCCAACACAGCCGCCCAGGCGAUGCUCUCUGAUGCCCUGCUGAGGGACAGUAAUGGGGACAAUCGCAUUCGAUACCUGGAGCUGGAUUUGCCAUUGGAUAAAGUCAUCAAGUUCAUUUCUGUGGGCCUGCCGCUCCUCCUGGUAUCCAUGGCCUUUGCCAGAGAGAUUUCUAUCGGCCCACAGAUUAGCUGCUUUCCACCCAACAACUUCACAGUAAAGCAGGCAGCAUAUGUGGAUACAUACUGCUGGGACUCUCUCAUGCACCAUGAGUUUGACACAGAUGGGAACUUAGAGGAACGUUCACUCUGGGUACAUAAAAUGUUUCCAUACUCCUUAUUGGUCAUGGCCAUGAUGAUGUACCUGCCAGGUCUGAUCUGGCGCUAUCUGGCUGUGCCCAGCCUGACCUCUGACCUGUUCUUCAUCAUUGACGAGCUGGACAAGUCUUACAACCGCUCUGUCCGCCUGGCUCAAAGCAUCCUGGACCUAAAACAGCACUCAGAAAGCCCACUGCAGUUUCAGGCUGAGCUUGAGAGAGCCAAGCGCAAGCGUUACUUUGAGUACCCCCUGCUGGAGAGAUACAUGCAGUGCAAGCAUGGCUCCUACUUCCUGGUCAGCAUGCUCUUCCUGCGAGGCUUCCUGCUCCUGACCUUCAUGUCCGCCUCGUGCCUCUACCUGAUCUACUUCCACCUCUCCGCCUUUCUACAAGAUGAAUUCAGCUGCUUUGUGCGCAGCGGCCUCCUCCGUGAACAGCCCUGGGUGCCUGAGCUAGUUCAGUGUAAAAUGACUGGCCUACUUGUGUUCCAGGUCAUUAGCGUAGCUAACGGUGCCGUCUAUGUUCUGCUAGCUCCUAUUGUUCUCUUUAGCCUGCUGCGUUUGUUCUGUUGGGACACAACCUUCCUCUCCCUUUACGAGGUGCUGCCCGGAUUGGGGCUCAUGAGCGGUCAGAAACUGGGCUGCCCGCUUAAUGAUCUCAACGUGCUGCUUCUCUUCCUGCGUGCCAACGUAGCACAGCUGCGAUCGUAUAGCCGCCUGAGGGCUGUUUGCUCCCUCGCACCUCCUCGACUGAAGGGUGCUAAGGGUGUGCUGAUGGGCGAGCAGGCCGAGGAGGCUGCGGAGGCUGCAGAGGAGCUCGAGGAGGAGAUUAGAGAGGCCAGAGAGGAGGGCAAACUAAAUCUAGUAGACAUCAUGACUGUGCUGGGAGCAGCCAGAGGAAACGCAGUGAACUGUCCAGAGCAGCGCCCUCUUGUGGAACAAGACAUGACGCUCGAGCAUAACCACCAGGGGUACCAUGAGUUGAAGGAGACUACAACAUGUUGUUUUGCCUAAAGCACCAGCCAAUGGACUGAAGCAGCACUGUCAGACUCUAGAGGGCCCCGUAGAACAGCUAAACCUCUGAGAUGAAAUAAAGAUGAAGACAAGACGAGAACAUCCAAUAGCUCAAACUCCUCUAUUAUAGUCCAGAAUCAAACAAAUCUGGAUUUUUUUUUACAGAAAGCACCUCAGGAAUAAGAACAUGACAAUUUGAAAAGCCUCCAAUAGUUAGCCUUCUUAAACUUGAGCAUUUUUAUAUCUUUAUUUAUUCUUUUCAUUCUUAUUAUCUGAUGUUUGUGGAUUCCAUGCCUCUUUGAAAACUGGAUGCUUUACUUGACCUUUUGUUCUCUUUUGUAAGUAUA